AUGUCGUUUGUUCGUGUUAAAAGACGUCACAACGAAGAUCCGUUCAACUCAAUCGUCGUAUCGCACAAGAAAUUAAAAACUAUCGGUACAGAGUUCAGUAGAGAUUGUGUGUUUCAAUUUGCUGCAACUUUAAAAGACGAAAAUGAAAACUUAUCCCAAAUAUUGAAAGAGGUUCGAGAAGAAAGAUCUGUAAAAGAGCUAACAAAGAAGAACAAAAACAAAAACACUAAUGAUGUAGUUGAACAUUCCAAAGCAGAACGUUUGAAGCUAGUUAAUACUCUCAGAGCUGUUAAACAAGACACAGUACCCAUUGAAGAAAUAGAUGGAAAGAAUUCAGAAAUAAAAGUUGUUGAUUUUGUUAAGCAAGUAGAAAAUAAUGGCAAGCCCUUAAUAGAUGAAGGAAUUUCAAUUGACUAUGUAUACGACUUGUAUUAUGCAUCCAAUAAUGAUAAUAAAUCAAUUGAUAUUCAAGAUAUUGAUAGUGUACAUGGAUUAGAUUCAGACAAUUUUUACAAUAUUUGCCGAAAUAUUGAUAGCUCUGAUAAUGAUUCCUCACACUGUGAAGAUGAUGAUGAUUCCAAUGAUGAAGGGAAUUGGAGAAACGAUUAUCCUGACGAAGAUGAAAUGGAUAACGAUGAAAAUGAUUAUUGUCAAAAUCUAGUUUCUAAAUCAAAACAAUGGAAUAUAAAUGAUGAUAGCAGUUCUGAUUCAGACGAAAAUAUUGAAGACUAUGAUUUACGUUUUGCAAGAUAUAAAGAACGUGUGAAAGCGGAAGAACAUUUUUUUUAUAAUAGUAUAGAUGAAAGUUCUGGUAGUACAAAUGAUUCAGAUGAUUAG